AUGCCAGACUACCGUUACUCAAGGCUAGAAAAUGACUCGGAUGAGGAUGAACGUCAACAGAGUUUCGCCGAACCUCCGAAGAAGGGCAAGGAUACUUACCGUUAUACUGCAGGGGGUCAGCACACUCUGGUUCUCAUCCAAUAUGUGUCAAAUGGUACGUAA